AAAAAAAAAAAAACACAAAGGAAGUAGUGAACAACUCAGGAAGCAGAAAAACAACUCGUACAACUAGUACUCGUACAGCAAAAUGGACCAUUCACCAAAGAAAAAGAGAGCUGCCAGUCUACUACCAUUUCAAUUUCAUUCAUUUUAAAUAGUCGUGGUUUUACAGGAGACUUAUCAUUAACCUAAGUUGCUGGUUGCUAAGCAGUCUUUGACUAUUUUCGUGAAGAAGUUCAUCUCUAAGAAACACUAUCACUAUGUCUGAUUCUUCAUCCUCUAAUUCUAAUACAACCUCCAAAGGUUCACAGAUAUGCUCUGUGGUAAUCUGGACAGCACUCAGCAUAGCCAUGAUUGUCAUAGGGUCUUUAUACAUCAAUAAAUGCAGCAUUGAGCCCAUGAUCCCAAUCUAUCUAAUAGUGGCUGGUGCAGUUCAUUUAGUUGGAUUUGUGCUUUUACCGCUGAAGUUGGUCUUUGAGAAGUUAAUGUAUGCCAUAGAGGGAAUUCUGGGUCUCUUUUCAUUGUGUUGGUUCAUUGCAGGAAGUGUCUGGGUGUUUAGAAUCUACCAAGUCAGCCCUAGAGACUGUGAUGAUACAGUUUAUACAUUUGCAUUUGGAAUCUUGAUCUUUGAAUACGUCUUUUUAUGUCUUGCUGUAUUCCUGAUCUGCCUGUGCACUUGCUGUGGUUGCUGCCUAGGAUUGAGGUCAGCAAAUACCAACGAAGCAGCUCAUCUCAACUCAACCUAAUCCAAAGGAAGCAUCUCUGGCAAUGGAACUGGUUUAUGAACAGAAAUGGUGGAUUCACGGGGUGAAGAUAUAACCCAUGUAUACAGACAUUUAUGUUUCUUAAGUUAUAAACAUUAUAAUAUGCAUCAUAUUGGUUACUACUUAAAGCACUGUAUAAAGUGUUAAAAAGGAAAGAACAAUUCUAACAUUUUCAUUCAUGUUUGAAAAAGUCUAGCUGAAUAAAACUGCUUUUGAAUCAAAAUAAAUAUCUUGAAUAUGUUUAA